UAAACCAUCAUUGUUAGAAAUGGAAAAUACAUUUAAUAUAAUUUAAUAUAAUACUCAUGGAAAAUAUUCAAAAACAUUAAAGUUUAAAGUUAGUUCCAUUGAACAUUAACGUUAAAAAAGACCUCAGUCAGUCAUCUGGCUCUAAAUUAUGCUUGUGCGUGAUGAGGCAAUUCACGGUUAAAAACAAAAACAAGGUUAAACAAAUGAACUUAUUGUCAUUGCACAGAACAAUGAAAUUGCAUUGGAGCAGUCCUCCAGUUGCCCAAGUUAUAAAUAAAAAUUAAUAAUAAUUAGGGUCAACACCGUGUAAGAGCGAAAACCUGUCGGCUGUUUACAGGAAAAUUCUCUUAGGGCCUCCUCGCUGUUGACCUUCAGUGUGAACCCAUCAACAUUACACAGAGUGAUUCCACCGGUACAUAACAUCAUCAAUAGGUAACUAAACAAGGGUACAAACUCAUGAAUGAUUGUCAGGAUUCUUAACUGUAAAUGUUUUUCUACGCAACUAUGACGAUGACCAAAAACAUACUGAGGCAUAAACAUGGUCAGUGACAGCACAUUGAAAGCACAAAUAUAGAUGAGAACAUAAGAGUUAAUCAAACUAAACACUAAAUUAACAAAUCAUAUGUAAUGUGAUGCAAUACUGUGAUGUCAUAUAAUGUGGUGUGUGCCUUCUGCCAGAGUCCAUGACUCCUCUGAGUCGUCCCGCCGAGUCCUCUCGUUGAAUUCAUACCUACACUGUGCUGCAACAUUAUAAGUUCAUCUUCUAGUUUCCAUAUUUCUUUGAGUUCAUUUCACAGCUCUUACUCAUCUGCUUGUCCUGCACCCAGAGGAUCCUCAGGAUCAUCCUUGUAGGCAGGGAUGGGGAACAAAUCUGGAUAUCUCUCCCCAUUCUCUGCCUCCUCUUUCCGAUCAAGGUGGAUUUGCGCUAUUUGUCAGGGUGUCGUGACGUUCAACGUGUGAGCCCAUUGGAGACCAGUCACUAGAGUCAGCUGUUUGUCCAGAGCCCCCUGGCACUGCCUCCUCAGCAUGGGGAUGAUGCAACAUGCCAAGAGGAAACUAGUAUUCGAACUAUCAAUGCACUGAUUCCUGCUGUAGCCAAAACGUCUCCCUAUUUCCCUAAAAUUUGGUCGAACCAAUCCCAAGACACGACCCCCUUACCAGCACUCUCCCUAAGUUCCACCCUCAACUUUGUGCAGUGUUAUUAGGCAACAAUAUUUUCCGAACAUGCGUCGAACUCCUCGUCUGCCUGCUGUUAGCCAGUCCAAUAUCUGUCUGUUUUGAUGAGUCAUUGUGCUUGUGGCAUGUAAUUGACUUCCAAAUGCUUUAAGAAUCUCAGAUGUGACAUUAGCAUACCUCUGCUGAUUGUAGUAAACAUAGUUUAUCUAUUGAACAUUUUAAUUAAUGGUAAUCCAGGAACAUAUAGAUUCUAGUCCAGCUCGGACCUCAUCUUGUGCUUUAGGAGAACUUCAAGGUGCACAUGAGUUGUUGGCUGUGACUGACCCCUGUCAUAUACAGAUUCUUUGUUUUGAGAGAGCCCAAAAACCAGAUCAUUCGAGUUAGUUCAGUCAACUGACUAGUGUACAACAGCUCACAUGGCGGCAGGAGCAGCAGGAGCAGCAGGAGCAGCGCGGAGAGCAGGAGCAGUGCGGAGUGCAGCAGCUUGUGCAAUUCGUGGACUAUUUGUGAUUUUCACCGCACAAACUUUGUUAGCACGACUGCGCUGCAUCCCGACUCCGAAAACUCAUGUUGGAGUUCGCAUGGAAAAUUUUCCUAACCGGUACGUCCAACCAGACCGGCCAGAAAGCAAACACCUCGGCUUUGGUCAUGCGGCACUCCAUGGGACACUGGAACGUCACUCGCUGCGCCUGCCUGCACGGAGGGGUAAGGAGGACAUCCUUGCAGUUAUCUCUCUGUGCCUGCUCUUGUCUGGCGACAUUCACCCGUGUCCGGGACCAGCUACUGGGAGAACUACCCCACUGCAAACUGCGGACGCCCAACAAACAACAGCUGGUCAACAACCGAACAGCUACGCUAGCAAUGUGCUAUCUCUACUCCACCUCCCCCCUCCGGUGUUCCAACUGCUGAUCCUCCCUAUCCGAACUAUGUUCGCCGGUGAGCUGACAAAAACUGCGGCCCUGAGCGGGGUCGCGCUGACGGAGCAGGUACCACCAGCAUUAGCCGGGAGGCUAACCGAGGCACCACCAGCGCUAGCCGGGAGGCUAACUGAGACACCACCAGCGCUAGCCGGGAGGCUAACUGAGACACCACCAGCGCUAGCCGGGAGGCUAACCGAGACACCACCAGCAUUAGCCGGGAGGCUAACCGAGGCACCACCAGCAUUAGCCAGGAGGCUAACCGAGGCACCACCAGCAUUAGCUGGGAGGCAAACCGAGACACCACCAGCAUUAGCCGGGAGGCUAACUGAGGCACCACCAGGACUAGCCGGGAGGCUAACCGAGGCACCACCAGCACUAGCUGGGAGGCUAACCGAGGCACCACCAGCAUUAGCCAGGAGGCUAACCGAGACACCACCAGCAUUAGCCGGGAGGCUAACUGAGACACCACUAGCAACUGCGGCCCCCAGCGGAGUCGCGCCCACGGCGACCAGCCCAGCAGCUCAGGGGCCGCAGAUGCCACCAGCAUUAGCCUCCUUGAAUCAACCAAAGGUAAAACCCAGGAACCCUAUUUUAAAAAGGCAUCGUUCCACAAAACUGUUUCAAACCCUUAAUCAAGCUAAAACAGUUUGGGAUCCCAAACACAAACCAAAGGGUCUCUUGUGCAGUCACCUAAACAUCAGAAGCCUCUGUAACAAACGUGAACAACUGAAGCACAUCUUACACGAGUCAAAUCUCGACUGUUUAGCAAUCUCUGAAUCAUGGUUAAAAACCCAGUCCCCUGAAGCUCUUGUAUCUAUGCCAGGUUACAAUGUGUUCAGGAAAGACAGGUUGAAAGGUAAAGGAGGAGGGGUACUGCUUUAUGUAAAAAACACCCUUACAUGUAGAGAGAUUGUUUGGUCAACUGCUUUCAAUUUUGAUUGUGUCGGUGUUGAAAUCACUCUCUCUAAAGAAAUGUCCUUCUCCCUGAUUUGCAUCUAUCGGCAACCUACUGCUAAGGUAGAUUUCUAUGAUCAGUUAAAACUCUUGCUAAACUCAUGUGAUUCAAACAGAGAGAAAAUAAUUGUAGGUGAUUUCAACAUAAAUUGGGAUGAUAAACAAAGCAGAAAGAAUCUUAAGCAAAUUAUGGAUGCUCACAAUUUAUCACAACUUGUUGAAAAACCUACUAGAGUGACAAACACCUCACAAACCAGAAUUGACCUCUUAUUCACAAAUAACAGAGACAGAAUAAGUAAAAUUCAUAACAUUCUAACCGGUAUCUCAGAUCAUAACUUUAUUUUGUUCUCAAGGAAACUAAGGAAAAAUCGCUCUCUGAACACUUCCAAAACAACGUCCCCUCCCAACGAUUACAUCCCCAAACACAUGCAACAGCACUUUGGGGAUGAAAUAAAAAGGACAGAUUGGCAAGUGAUCCUCUCCUCUAAAAAUACAGGAAAACUGCAGGUUGUUCUUAGAUAAGAUCUCUGAGAUAAAAUCUGCUUUCUGCAGAAGGGGGCGAAAGAGAGCAAAAAACACAAAUCACCUUCCUUGGUUAGACUGAAAUUGCAGAGCUAUGAUGAAGAAAAGAGACUCACUCCUCAAGCAAAGUCUCAAGUCUGGGCUGCUUGUUGACAGACAGAAAUUUACACAUGCACGUAACAAGGUAACACAGCUACUAAGAAGGACCAAAGCUACUUUUUUUAUGAAUGCUAUUGAAGGGGCCAAAGGGAAUGGCAGGAAAGCCUGGCAAUUAUUAAAUAAGUUACUAGUUAAAGAAAACAAAGAGGCGAGCACUACUCUAGCACUGAAAAUUGGUAAUAUCCUGGUCAAUGACUCUGCAGUAUUGGCCCAAACUUUUAACCAAUAUUUCCUAGACAGUGUAAAAGACAUAACAAAGCUCUUUGUCCCCUCCAAUGUUCUUCCCAGACCAAUCAUAAAUGACCAUCCUGUUUUUAAAUUAAAGCAAAUCACUGAACUUGAGGCGAAGAAGAUUAUUUCUGCUCUGAAAUGUUCCAAGGCCAAGGAUAUAUCUGACUUGGACACCGACUUCAUCAAAACAUACUCUGAUGCACUGAUAAAACCGAUAACUAUUUUAGUAAAUCAGUCAAUCACCUCAAGGGAAGUACCACGGUGACGCCCAUAUUUAAAUCAGGGGACAAAACAUCAGUUGCCAACUAUCGUCCAAUCAGUAUUCUCCCGGUGUUAUCCAAGGUGCUUGAAAAAUGGGUAUCGAAACUACUAAUUGAACAUCUAGAUAAGGGAUUUAACCCACUCCACCUGAUGCAAUUUGGCUUUCGUCCCCACCAUUCCACUGAGUCAGCUAACUGUGUGUUUUUAGAAAAGGUAAAGGUAAAGGUGUUGGAUAAAACAUCGCAUGUGGGUGCUGUGUUCCUAGACCUCAGAAAGGCAUUUGACACAGUAGACCACCAAGUCCUCCUGAGAAAACUAACAUACUUUAACUUUUCAGCUGAAACAAUGGAAUGGUUUGAGUCAUAUCUGUCAAACAGGGAACAGUGUGUCAUGGUAAAUGGUGUAAAAUCCCCCUUUCUUAAAAACACAGUUGGUGUCCCACAAGGAUCGAUCCUUGGACCUUUGCUAUUUUCACUGUACAUUAAUGACUUGCCUAAUGUAUGUACUGAUUUUAAUGCACAAAUGUACGCAGACGACGUGGUCAUUUUUACUUAUGGAAAUGAUUCAAAAGACAUCUCUCUAAGGCUCACGGAUGCGCUGCACAACAUACAACAUUGGCUGAAAAACACCUGCCUGCUGUUAAACACAAAAAAAAAACAGUGUGUAUGAUAUUCAGCAAACGCCCUACUGACAACAAAGGGUCCAAUGUGUUUCUUGACGGGGAGGAAUUAGAGCUGGUCUCCCACUUCACAUACCUCGGAGUCGUCUUGGACUCAAACCUGACUUUCAAGAAACACAUUAAAAAAGUCAGUGUCACACAGUGAAAACACUUUUUUUUAAUCAGUGAGAAUCAACGUCUCCUACCUUUAAGUUUGCAGGCUCAUAGCUUUCAGGCCCCCUGCAAAACUGGCUGGCUCGCCACUUCUGUUGAAAACACGACUCGAUGACAUGAGGUCAGUUCACAGCCAUUAGCGCGUCGUUUAUUGUUAACACAGCUCACAACUUCACACACCUCGCAACAAUAAGACAGCACCCCAGAACAGUUCCACAAGCAUUCUUAUACUCCUUCCUAGACGGACAUCCUACCAAACUUUCUGUGUGUGUGUGUGUUGUUUUGGAACACUCUGCUUUCAUUAUCCUGCCCCAUUGAAGGUUGCUUAA